AUGCGGGGUGUAAACGCGGUUGCCACGCGCACGGCUAGGCCUAGCGGCGUGCACGUAGGCAUCGCACGUUUGUCAGUCGCUCACAGGACGUUCCUGGGCUGUGCGGCGCAGGGCGCGCCGCCUGCCCCCGACGCGUCCAAGCAGCCGGCGCGGCCCACGCCCCCGCAGCACGCUCCCCUGCCCAAGGCCGGUCUGCCGGUGCGGCAGGCGCGGGCAGAGUCGCCUGCGCGCGACACGCGGCGCGACGUGUUGAUCCCAAUCAGCGGCCCGCCAUCCGACGCGCCGCCCGAGCUGCGGCGCAUGCAGCACCCGGCGGACGCCGCAGACGUCGCGCCGACGUCAAUCGUGGAGGUCGCCACGCCGCAGCAGCUUGCCAUCGGCAAGCGCGAGGCGCGGGAGCAGGCCGUCGCCCUGGCGUGA